AUGGCUUUUGGAAGUACCUUAUCAUGCACUGUACAAAAGUAUUUGAAUCUGCAUUCUUUUAGUGCAUCUGAACCGUUUUCUAAUCACAAUAAGUCAGAGAGGAGUCAUCAAGUUAUUAGUGACAAGUUAUCUCUAAAGAAUUGCAAAUUGGAAGAAUCAGAAGACUUGUGCAACGUCGCGUUCCCUGUCUAUAUUAACGAGUACGGAAGACAUCUGAAUUUUAUUGCAUCCGUCAUUCAAAAUCAACCUUCUAAACAAAGCGCCAUUUUCAUAUUCAUUCGAUCACAAAAUUCAAACUUGAAUCAAACAGGUCUGAUAUUACGUGAUAUAAUUCUGUUGAACGAUGAAUUCAGUUGUGAGGUAGAUGAACCUGAUCAUAUUUGUGUAACUGGUAGACGAUGGUUAUUCAAUCAUAAUCAUCAAAAUAAUUUAUUAAUACCUGAAAAUUUGAAUCCUAUAAAUAAAAGUCAACAUAAUCCAUCAUUAAAGAAUAAUCAUAAUCAUAAUAAUAAUAUAAAUUAUGAUAAUGAAUCUAUUUUGACUGGUCAUGUAGAUUCAUUAAAACAUUUUAAUGAUAAUCAAAUGAAAGUAGACAAUGGGAAAUCACAAUGUCGUAUAAAUAAUUCUUAUGGAUCAUCACAAUUUACAAGUUUAUUAUUGGAAUUUUUCAAUAUUGAUGAUACAUUAGAAUUUUAUGAAUUGCUUAUUCAAUAUUCUAUAAAACAAUCAAAUUGUUUAUCUGUACCAGAAUUAACAAUUAUGUCAAAGAAUCAAAUACAUUUCUAUUUAAAUGAUGAUAUAAUAUCAUUAUCUAAUAAUUUACAACAACAAUUUAAUUGGUUAAAUAAAUAUCUAGACAAAGAUUCAUUUGAAUUGGCUCCAAACUUACAGGAUUCUAGCAGUUUACUUGUUUCUGAUUCAAGUAGUAUCAAUGAAAAUAGAUAUGAUUAUUUGAAACCUGCAUCUACAUGUGUUAAAACAAAUAGUUGUCCAAGUUUAGACAAUUCUAAAUUAUCUGCUCAAAGCAAAUAUACUAAAGUAAAGAGAAAAGUGUCUAAACGAAUAGUUAAAAUACGUCGUUGUCAAUCUUCUGUAUCCCCGCCGUCAAUAAAAAAACUGGAAUCAAAGCCUCCAAAACCGAUGAAAAAAAAUUCAUUAGCUGUAUCACAAAACAAUUUGAAUUACUCCUCAGACAGUUUAGCAGAAACAGGUUUGACUUCACCGCAUAGUUUUUCCGAUCUACGUUUCACAAAUGAUUCAUGGAAUAAAUGUAGAUAUACUAAACCAAAGAAUAACAUUCUGUCGAAUUCAACUAUUAAUUAUCCUAAAAACAGAAAGAUUAGUAUAUUUAUUGGGACAUGGAAUGUGAAUGGUCGUAAUGGUAGUAAUUUAAAUUUAGAUGACUGGCUUAUACCUCCUGAAGGUCAACCACCAGCUGAUAUGUAUGUUCUUGGAUUACAAGAAUUGGAUUUAAGACUUAAAGUAAUUACUCUCAAUAAGACUAGUUCGUCAGGACCAGAGGAUUUAUGGAUUCAACAAAUAGAAGAAGCGUUAGGUGGUUUAUUGAAACCACCUCGUUCUAAGUAUAAUGUAGUUUGUCAAAAUGAAACUGAAUCAACUAAAAGUUUUGCAGCUCAUUGGUUUCAGUACACCGGUGGGGGCUAUAUACGCAUUAGACGUGUUCGUCUAGCUGGUAUCAUGAUGAUUGUGUACAUCUCAGCCAAAUUGUCCAUUCAUUUACGUCAUGAUGAAAUCUCUCAACAUAUUGUUCCAACUGGUGUUUUAAAUGUUAUGGGUAAUAAAGGUGGUGUAUGUCUUAGACUAACUAUAUUUAAUACUUCAUUAUGUUUUGUAAAUUGUCAUUUGGCUGCUGGCAAAGAAAAAAUUGAUCGUCGUAAUCAAGAUUUCAAAGAAAUUGUACGUAAAAUGUCAUUAUUAUUCCCUAUAAAUCAUAAGCGUUUUCCAUUUCCUGUGAAAAAAUCUUAUUUUUCAAUACAUGAUGUAAUUUUUGUAUUUGGAGAUUUGAAUUAUCGAAUAACCGGUUUGGAUUCAGAUAAUGUCAGGAGAUUAAUUCGGCAAAACAAUUACGUCAGUCUACUUAAGAAUGACGAGUUAUCAAAAGAAAUGAACAGUAGAAAGAUAUUUCAAGGUUUUCGAGAACAUAAAAUUACUUUCCCGCCAACAUAUAAAUUCGAUAUUAAUUGUCAGACAUAUGAUUCAAGUGAAAAAUAUCGUAUUCCUGCCUAUUGUGAUCGAAUUAUUUGGUUUGGUCGAGGUUGUACACCAAUUGUUUACAGAUCACAUCCAAAUUAUAUAUGCAGUGAUCAUAAACCUAUAUCAGGUUAUUUCUUAGUUGAAGUAACAUAG